UCGAGACGAACGUGUUUCCUGUGUUGUGUAUUUGUUAAGGUGCAAAAAAACGCAAUCAUCGGGCUUAAAUAAUUACUAACAUUGUUAUAUGUUCUUCUUUGAUUCGUUAGUUGCUAAACUUUUCUAUUUUAUUUUUGGAUUACAAGUCUACAUAAUAUACUCACUAAAAUGCUUACAACUAGAGAAAAUAACAACGACGCACGAAGUUGUACGAACAAAAUCUGGUUCUUAAUAAUUGGAUCAAAAUAAUAAAGUAAACAUAAAACCGUGUUUUGUCUGCCUUUAAAAUCGCAUGAACAAGGUUGCCAUUCUGUGAGAAUUUGACACGUGAGUCGCGCACCACCUGUUGCAAAAAAAUAACAAAAUAAAUGUGCAUCGUACAUAUUUUUAAUACGAAUUCUUCUGCAAGGAGUUUUCUUAUCAGAUAAAUUUUUGAAAUUAGAAGUGAAAUUAAUGUGAUACUAAAUAUUUAAAUUAGGUACAAAAAAAUUGAUGUUUUGUUAAAGUUUUUCAAAUCCUAUUUAUGAAACAAUCAAGAAUAAAUUAAAUGUUUUUAUUGAGUGAUUUAAAAGUUCGUUUCGUAUUUGUCUGAAAUCUAGAUUGUUGUUGUGUUUGGAUUUGUUUAAGGGAAUUAGUGUUAUAUUUUCCUGGCUAUUGCUUCUAUAAAAUUGUUUAUUCAGUGUUUUUCGCGAACACUUUUAGAAUAUUUUUUUAUUCAAUGGAAUAAUUUUUAUUAAAAAAUUACAUAAAUUGAGGUCGUUAACUUUGCACUUCUUUUGUUGUAUCUAUUUACUACUUAAUUAAAUAAAUUUCAACUGUGUGCAGUUUAUUAUCGUGUGGCAUGAUUUUCCACAACUGAAGAGAGAAUUAAAGUAUUUUUAUUUUUGUAUUCUUUUGAAGUGUAUGACUGCAGCAAAAGAAAUCUGAACUAGAAAGAAAUAAAGAAAACAAAUAAUUUGGAAUGCGUGAAGUUUAAUUAUUCAUAAAAAGUUGAAUUAUUAUUUUUGUUUAAUACUUUAUUAAUGCACUGAGCCAUAUUCACAAAAGAAAAUACAUUCUUUUGGUUUUGGCCAGCAGAAAACACGCAUACCAAACAUUUAUAUGCAUUUCUUACUACGACUUUUUCAAGCUGCGCUGGAAUAGUAUUGGAGUUGCUUUAAAAAUUUUCCCACUUGAUUGUUUCAAUUCCGAAGGCGUCUGAGAGACGCAAAAAUUUGUACACAAUUCUUCCUACUCCAAAGAUGCGACUCUUUAAGAACCGAAAGUCUGUUGAUUCAAUUAACAUAUCAUCUACCUCAAGGCCAACUUCAUCUUCGAGUGGAAAUGGCUUAAAAUUGUCAUCGGUUGGUAUGACGAUAUCUUCAUCACUCCCAGAUUUACAUGAUUCACCCGUGAUGAUCUUGAGCUGCACAAAUCUUGGCCCUCAUCUGAAUUCCACUGCACAAUCAUACAAUAAAUCAAUACCAGUGACAUCCGCAGCACCUUCAACUUUUUCCGAAGCCGGCAAUAGUGGCGGCAAUAAAAAAUCAUCAAUGAACGAGGUGAAUGGAAAAAUCACAGCACACCUGCAGCAACAAUUGUUCAAGAAAAACAACAAUGUUCAACACCAACAACAACAACAACAACACAGUUCACUUAGUGGAUUUUAUAAGUUAACGUCUUCUUCUUCGUCAUCAUCCUCUUCUUCUCCUCACACUCGGGCAUCGGCCACGACUGGAAUUUUUGAAAAGAACAAAAGCAAGGAGAAGACAACAUCACAGCUAAUUGGACAAAAUGGUCACUUACCAGACUAUAAACUAGUAACAGCUGUGCCUGUGGUUGUUGAUGAUGAUCAUCGUCAGGAAACAAGAAACGUGUUUACUUGGGGUAAGCGAAUGGGUAGGAAGCUUGACAUUUUAAAAAAGGGGGGACAAAAAACUCAUCACGACCUCCAAAGUAUCUUUCAACCUCCAACAUCGGACGCAACAAGCGCUCCCAAAAAAUUUAGAUCCGAUUCUAUAGAAACUUUCAAAAAGCAAGAAAAAGAGCACGAAACUGAUAAAAGAUCGACAAGGGAAAAAUCUGUGGACAGCCCUCAGAGAACACCGAAUAAAAGUGCAUCACUUACGAAAGAAUCCCAAAAAACCCUGAAGUCUUUCUUUCAUAGAAUAGGUUCUACUGGAAUGCUCAACCACAAAUCACAUAAUUUAGUGAAAGCCUCAGAACCACAGCUUUACCGUAGUAGUUCCACCAGCCAACUUAGUACUUGUUCGUACGUUAAAUGCGAUGAUCCGAGUGAUAGUCUAAAUUUAGAUACUGGUAAGAAAUCUAUCCAUAAAAAUUCAACCAUUGGACCAUCAACACUCAAAUCCUCAAGUUGUGAUGACAUUGCAAAGGCAGGAAUUACAAACCUAGGAGAACAACCUCGUCGCGGAAAUUUUCCAUAUGCGUUUCUUCGCUCUCGAUUAUCAGUGCUCCCGGAGGAAAACGGAGGUUCUGUGAUGAAACAGUCGUUAAAGACAAGUUUUCAUAAUCAAGGGGCGUUAGGUCACAGCAUCAGAUGUCCAGUAAUUACAACAAAUGGAAUAGGAGACGGUGAUUCAGUUUCCCUCACUAGCACUAGUCCAAAUCACCAACAAAAGGUGAUUUAUCGGGGUGGCGUCAUUAAACGUUAUUCCUCGGAUGAUAGUGCAAUAAGUAACUGCUCACCGCAAGGUGAUGUUUCCCGAAAUAAUAGUAUUUCUUCGAAGGACUGGGAACCACUUUACCAAAGAUUAAGUAGUUGCUUGAGUUCAAACGAAUCGGGUUAUGACAGUGAUGGUGGCCGCGGUCUUGUGGAUGAUGCUUUAAUGAAACGAAAUAGUCAAGUGUCAAGUAAUUCGAUUAGAAACGGAUUAUUAGGGAACGAAAUUGAUUCAAGUGCACCAGUUUCACUUGGUGUAUAUAACUAUGAUUAUGAAACCGAAACAAUACGUCGACGUUUUCGGCAGAUCAAAUUGGAAAGACAUUACGCAAAUGAUUUCAUUGGUUUGGUUCUAUCUCCGAAGACUGUACUGUGUAGAUCAAAUGAACAGCAGAUAAGAUACGUUGUUGUGGAGAUUGACAAUAACGGUAUUGCACACAAAGAUGGCCGGCUACGAUUAGGUGAUGAAAUUGUUAACGUUAACGGCAAUCAUCUACGUGGCAUACAGUCUUUCGAUCAAGUACAAGGCUUGUUAUCUACAUUCGUAGACAACUGCAUCGAUCUUAUCAUAGCUCAUGAUGAAGUGACUUCAGUGACUGAUUUCUGUACAAAAAUUAAAAUAAAUUGCAGUGAUCCUGCUAAGCAUUCCAAUGAGCCGGAGGAUUACUAUAACAAUAGCCGAGCAAGGAAACGACUAUCUUACAGCCAUCGUACGCACAGCACAGAAAGCAUAAAUAGCUAUGAUCUAAGUAGUUUACAAAUAGCCCUUGAGGACGAUAAUAAUGCAAUGAACGCGUCUUCAAUAAAAAACAAAAUUCAAACACGAUGUCCAACUCCCCGUAACACAAUUCCAAAUGAAGCUAAAGAAAACGAACAAUUACAGCGUCCGCGAUCUGCACGAAAUUUGGAGUUAACACCACUUUAUAGUACGUCUGAAUAUAUACCUGUUUAUGCUAACCGUGUAACAACAAUAACUACCACAAUCAGCGACGACGAGAAGUGGCAAAUUCUCAGUCGAAAACGUGCUGAAGCUCUUCAACAAUCUGAACACUCUAAAUGCCUGUCUAAUCAAAACACUUAUAACCAAAAUACUAACCAAUCAAAUGUUCAUCGCCUUUAUAUUAAAGAUCCAAAGGAAACUAAAGAUCUUUUUAUACAAAAAUCUGAUGACUCGCCUAUCAAAGGCUCGGAUGAUGACACUAGUUUUACAUCCCGGUCUCACUACUCCCGAAAUUCAAUAAAUUAUUCAAAUUCAAAUUAUCGAUCACUCAGGUUUUCACACUCACGUUUAAGUUCUAGCCGGUUAAGUUUAUAUGUCCAAUCAAAAAGGUCUGAGAACAAAACUACUAAAACUUCUAUCGAUUCUCCUAAACAUCUUCUAACUGCACCCCAAGAUAAUCUAACAAAUAAUCAGACCAAGCCAAAUACAGAUGUUCUAACAACAACUAUCACCGUUAAGGGUAACAGUAACAUGCAUUGUGAUUUCAUAGCUGACCACUAUAUAAAACCUCAACAACUAAAUCAUCAAGAUUCUCAGCUUGCCCAGUUUGAUGUUUCAAUUCGAAAAGAUUUAGAAUCUCUACCGACGACGUCUUCGACUAACGUUACUACACUAGCUGUACAGGAUGUGCCAAAGGAUUCAUCUACUGAUGGGAUUCAUAAAUCGUGCAUUAAAACAAUUACCUUCUAUAAGGGCCAUGGUAUGAAAUCUCUAGGCUUUAGCAUUGUUGGUGGACGGGACUCUCCCAAGGGCAACAUGGGAAUUUUUGUCAAAACUGUAUUUCCUUGUGGCCAAGCAUCUGAUGAUGGUGAAUUGCAUGCUGGAGACGAAAUUGUCGAAAUAAACGGGAUUUCAGUCCAAGAUAUGAGCCAUAUAGAAACUAUAAGUCUGUUCAAAAACGUUCGUGAAGGUGCAAUAAAUCUGAAGAUUAUAAAGAGAAGAUUCCCGAAAAUGAAAAAUCCUGAAAUAACUGAAAAAUAGAAAUCCUAAAAUAAUAAAAGCAAAACUAAUAUCUAUUAGUUUAAUUCAAAAUAUGCAUAUUUAAUAUGAUAUGUUUUUUGAGAAUUUAAUGUACCUUGAAAAUUGAUAUUAUAUUAUUAUAUAAGUGGACACGAAAUUUGUAAAUAUUGAUUUUUAUAUAAAAUAUUAACCCCACAAGAAUUAAUACAACAUAAAUAUGUACUUUGUGAUAAAUAACAUUUUAUUUUUUGUCAGAAAUUGGUUAACUUUUACACGAUUGAUGUGCUAGAAUUACGUUAUUACGUUAUUGUUAAUAUAUUGCAAGAUUUUUGGUUAGCACAGCACUGAAAAAUAGGGGUUUAUAUCAAUCUAAAAUUGUAUUAUAAUUUUUUUUCAUAAAUUAUAACCGUUUUUCUUUUUAAUUAAUUACUGUAUAUUCUUGUCAAUGUUAUACUAAUGCUUUUGAGAAAAUUUUAUUUAUAUACAUAUAUCAAUUAAAACUGACAAAAAUCCAAUGGACUGCCUAGAAUAAGUGGAACUAUGUACGAGUUUGUGCUGGGAUACACAAGCAUCAAUUUGGAAACAUUCUGAAAUCAGGAAGGGUAGUUUUUAAAAAGAUAGUUUCUAACAAUUAUGCGUUUUCGAUUUGAAAUUUGACGUUUUUAAGCUGAAGUAUCCCAGCACUUUAAAAUAAAAUAAAUAAUUACAUAUUAUGUAUUUCAGAAUUUAAGAAAUAAAUAUGCCAAUAUUUAUAUUGUAA